AUGUCGCGUGGCCUCACCUCGACGCAGGUCAUCGAGCUCGGCGACUACCUCAAGCCUGACUUCGACCCAUCGACCCUCACUAUCUCACAGUUGCGCGGCGUACUCAGCUUCCACAACAUUAGCUUCCCCUCAAGCCAAGCCAAGGCCAAACUCGUGCAGGUCUUCAACGAAGAAGAGCGCAUCAAGCGCGAGAACAGCGGCGCCAGCGACGACGGUAUCACCGACGGUGUCACUGGCAAGCCCAUUAGCAAACAGGGCAUUAUGCGGCGCUCUUCGCGCCUUUCCAAGACUCCCGCGCCGGAAGAAAUUCCUCCUCCUGACGCUGCAACCACACAGUCAAAGCGACGUCGUGCAACAGCAGAACCCUCCUUGGGAGGGCCGUCUCGUCGUCGCCCUUCGUCUAGACACCCGCAACCGACGGUGGUUGAGGAGAGCGAGCCGGAGGAUGAGCCUGUUGUCCGCAAGGUCGGACGACCUGCAAAGACUACUGAUGUCGCUGGAACCCAUGCACGCCGUAUCUCCGGUCCUCUCAUUGACGACCCGGAAUCGGGCUGGGAGGACAACAACGUCUUCCAAGACUCAUCUCCAUUGCGUCCAUCACCAGUUCGUCCUCGCGCGCGCAAGUCUUCUGCGUCUGGCCGACCUGCGCCCAAGUCUCGCAAGUCCAUGUCUGCACCUCCGGACUCGCUCUCGUCUACGAUGGAGAAGGAAGGGGGCAAGCCACGCACUCGCCGCUCGUCCGUAAGGCCUCCCGAGAGCUUGUUUGAACCCGUGCUACCUGCCGCAAUCACGGCACCGCGUCAGCCGUCCAUCGUACGCGACCUACCCGAUGAACGGGAGGAGUCGCCAUUCAUCCACGAGAGUCCACGAUCCGAUGUCAAGUACGAAGACGGACAUCAAGACGACGCUUACCCGGACGAUGAAAUGCAUGGAGAGCCACAGGAAGAGGUUGAAGAAGACGAGGAGCUAGACACUCCAGAAGCGGAGAAUGUGAAAGCCGUAGCCCGACGUAUUGCCGAUGGCGGCCCCGUCGUCAAGGCGGGUACUGCGCAAGAAGUUUCCCGCAGCGGCUGGAAAAUGGGCGCCAUGGCGUUCUCCUCGAUAGCGAUUUUUGUCGUGAACCUCCUCGCGCUUACUGCAACUUGGGAGUACAAGGGAGAGUCUGCGAGGAUUGGUUUCUGCGAUGCGGCACCCACACCAACGCCGUCCUCGAGGUCGCUGUCAUCGAAGCUUGCCCCCCCCUCCCUACUCCCUCCACCGGACGAAUGCAUACCGUGCCCUGCACACGGUACCUGUGCCCCCUCCUCUAUCACUUGUGAACCUGGCUACAUUCUUCACCCCCACCCUCUCCUUGGGUUCCUUCGGGUUCCAACAGUGCUGCAAGAGACACCUCAAGGUGCCCUUCACAAGUAUGAGCGGUUAAUCCCAUCAUUCACCAAGGAGCAGCUCCCGAACCUGCCCUACGCCAUUCUCUCGUACAUCUUCGACGGCAUGCCGUACGUUGGUUCUGUCGCCUUCCCGCCGCACUGCACGGAAGACCCUCGUCGUUUGCGUCACAUCGGCGUCCUUGGCAAGUCUCUCAACUCGCUGCUCGCCUACGAGCGAGGCCGCAGGGUCUGUGAAGGCGUUGGCAUCGGCAAGACCCCGGGUGACGACGCAACGGAGGCUCGUCUCUGGGGUUUCGAACUCGAACGGCUCAAGGAUGACAUCAAACAAAAGACUGCACCUCAGCUCCUCGGCACUCUGGAUACUACCUUCAAUGAGGCCGUCCAAGAACUCCUGCAGACGGGCAGAGUCUCAUGGAAGGCAGAGAUGAGCUGGCCUUGCAAGGUCAAAGUACAGAUGCGUACUGCAUGGUACGAGUGGCAAGCCACUGUGAUCGGCACCGCAACCGCUAUCGCAGCCGCCAUUCUCUUCCGAGGGCGACAAGCCCGGAGAGCGAUCGAGGCAGAUAAGGUCGCGGAACUAGUGGACUCUGCGCUUGGCUUGUUGCGCAAUCAGGAGUUCGCGCACCAUACAGACCCCGUAACGGCUCCCAAGCCGUAUCUGUCCUCCAUCCAACUUCGCGACCUCGUCCUCCAGGACAUCCGCAGUCUGAAGGAGCGGAACCGGUUGUGGUCGAAAGUGGAACGGGUUGUCGAAGCGAACACCAACAUCCGCACCAACCAGGAAGAGGUCGAGGGCGGCGACGAGCAGCGCGUCUGGCAGUGGGUGGGUGCUUUUGGAAAGACCCUUCCGCCAGCGACCCCCGGAUUUGGGGAGCGGAUCGUCGCGUAG